AUGGAAAUAAAGCUCACUCCGGUGGAAGAUGAGCUAUGCACGCUGGUGGACGAGUUCACGCAGAAAUUGAAGGAGCAACGCAUUGAGACGUCUUGCAGGAUUGCUGGGGGGUGGGUUCGGGAUAAGUUGCUCGGCUUGGAGUCUAAUGACAUCGACCUUGCGCUCGAGAAUAUGAUGGGGGUCCCCUUUGCUAAACAGCUGCUUAAGUACUGUCGAGAAGUCAAAGGCCUCGACACGAACCAAGUCACUGAGAUUGCCAACGCACGCACUACACUAUUGGGAAUCGAGCUGGACCUGGUCAAUCUCAGAAGCGAAGACUACACGGGGGACAGCCGAAUACCAACAGAAGUUGCGUUCGGAACACCAUACGAGGAUGCGAUGCGGCGAGACAUCACCAUAAAUGCCCUGUUCUACAAUGUUCACUCAAGAAAGGUGGAAGAUCAUACCGGUCAAUCGUUUGGUUUCUCCAUGGUUCCCGCACUGCGAGAGGCUGCUCGUGAUCCAAUGAUCCAGCAAGCAAUCAAGGAAAAAAUCAGUCGAGAGCGAGUCGGCGUUGAAGUCGAUAAGAUGAUGCAAUCGUUGCACGCGGCCGCUCUAUUGUACAAGCUAGUCGGUCCGCUUGGGGAAACAAUCACGUUCCCAGACCUGACAUUCCCAACCCUUCCGCCUCUACAUCCCCUCUUGCUCUCAGAGCUCGCCACCUCGUCAAGCACUAUGCGUCGGUUAUACUUGGCUUCUGCGCUUACGCCGUACAAACACCUUACAUACCUUGUGAAAGGCCAGUCAAAACCUGCAGUUGAGGUAGUCAUCCGAGAGAGUUUGAGACUUGGUAAACAACAUCACUACCAUGACGGAAUACCCCUCCUCUUUUCCGCUGCCGACACCCUACAGAGAGCUGUGAUAGACUGGGAGCAUGGUCAACUGGGUAAGCCGGAGCGGGUAUGGAUAGGCGUGCUGUUGCGCGACAAAAACGUGCACAAUUCCUCGUACGACGCCAUAUGGUCAACGUCACUCCUGUUCGCUCUCGUCCAGGAGCUCACCGCCCUCUGGGACGCCGAAACCGGGGUCUUCGACACCGACGCUGGCGCUAUGAGGGUUCAGGCGUACAACAAGUUUGUGUCGCGGAUCGAGGAGCUCGACUUGCCGGCUGCGGUCGACGCCAAGCCGGUGCUGGACGGCAACGACGUGGUGCGGAUCCUCGGCGCGAAAGCGGGCGGGCAGUGGACCGGCGCCGUCCUCGCGCGCGUCGUCGAGUGGCAGCUCGCGCACCCCGGCCCCGAGGGCACGCGCGACGCGGCGGAGGCGUGGCUCGCGGCGGAGGCGGCCGCGGGCCGCGUGAGCGCUGCGGUCGUUCAGACGCAGACGAAGGGCAAGCGGGGGAAGGGCCCGGCGGGUGGGGAGGACGCGAAGAAGGCGAAGCGGUGA